ACCACGGCGUUUGUACCGCGCGCUCGCGUCACGAUGGAUUGUGCUCUGUGUAACAUGUGCUUCUGAGAUUUGGUGAUAAUUUUGUGACGGACCCGUUGUGUGAAAAGCAUGAUGCCUCUCGCACCGACUCCUGUGGUGGCGGUGCCAUCGAAGCCGAAGAUAGGAUUUAGUAUAGACAGUAUAGUUGGUGGUUCGGAGCGGCCGAAGCAGGCGUCGCCGCCGCUGGCGAGUCCAGGGUCGCCGUCUCCGGUGGCGUCUCCUCGAAGUCCGUCUCCUCGCCCUUUGUUGAGGCCGAGCGCUUUGCCGGCGGUGUUUCCUUCCCCUGAGCUGAAGAGGCUUCCUUAUCUGGACGCUCAGAGUCACCAUCACCAGUUCCUUGCGCACUUCCAAGGCGCGGCCCUGGCUGCGGCCCUCGCCCACCAGCAGCAGGGCUUCGGAGCCCCUCUCCCGCCGCAUCCCCCUCCACACCCCGCGGCGCCGGUGCCCCGAGAGUCCUACCAAUUGUACCCCUGGCUGAUCAACAGGCAUGGAAGGAUAUUCCCUCAUAGGUUUCCAGGAGGCCCAGACAUCCCAGGGUUCCUUCUGCAGCCGUUCAGAAAGCCGAAGAGGAUCAGAACGGCGUUCUCACCUUCACAACUCCUCAAGCUGGAGCACGCGUUUGAGAAGAACCACUACGUGGUGGGCGCUGAGAGGAAGCAGCUAGCCCAGGCUUUGAGCCUGACGGAGACGCAGGUAAAAGUAUGGUUCCAAAAUAGAAGAACGAAGCAUAAAAGGAUGCAGCAAGAAGAAGAAGCAAAGACUGGCACCAAAUCUGGUUCCUCGAGCUCCAAGCCAGACGACGGCAGCCAGUUCAACAACUCCUACGAAGAAGACGAAGAACUAAUAGACAUGGAUAUGGACGAUUUAAGUGAAAGUGAAAACGAAACGUAAAAGUUUCAGGACACAGUGACUGUAAAUAUUAAUUGUUAGUUAUAGACGUUAAUUACUCUUUAUUUAUUCGAAAUCGAUCCGAGAUUGAUUCUAGUUGGAUUAGCUAAUCCAACUUUGAUUAAGAAAGUUUAAUUUCUAACCAUGAAGUUUAAUCUUCCACAAAAUUCAAUCGACGACUCCAAUUCACUAAAAAAAGGUUAAUUCACACCAAUUUGUUAACCAUAUUUUGAAAACGGAACGUGUCAUUAAUUUAACGGUCCACAUUUCAAGAUGGCGGCUUGUUAGCGCGUCAUGACUUAUUAGAUAACAAAAUUGGUCGUAUUAUAAUAGUUUUGGGGCUAAAUUAAUUAAAAAUGCCUCUUCGAAUGCGUUCCUCGGUGAUGUGGGUACAAUUAGACAUUUAGAUCUUAAAGGCUGAUAGGUCGUGGUUUCUAAACGAGCUCUGUCAACGGUGAGGAGGAUAGGCGGAUAUAAUAACCGCGCGUUGGAGCAGGACGGUCGAUAUUUAUAGAGAUGGAGGCGAUUAUUGCAUCGUUUGGCCUAUUAUUAAGAGAUACGUUCAGAAACGGUCUAUCUUGGGCUCGGAUCGCGUUCAGUAAUUGCGUGGACGGCACGAAAUUGUUUUUAAUCUGUUGACGAUUGUUCUCUAUGGCUAUUUGUCUACGCGCCCGAUUUGGGCGAUAUUAUCUGUGGUAGGCGUACGCGCUCGGAGUGAGCAUACAACGUGACUACAAUCAUAUUUAAUAUGGUCAAGAAUGCGUUAUGGGUUCUAAGAUCAAUAGUUAAGCGUGUUAUAAAACACAAUUUCAUUACAUUAAUAGUCACUAUUGACUCUACAUUUUACAUAUCGGUUUUUUAUGAACACUCUUAUCGGAUUAACUUAUAGGGAAGACUAUGAACUAGGGAUAGACUUCUUAAAAACCUACUUUUUAUUUCGAAGAAACGAACUUUUGCUUUCUAUUGUGCAAAGAAUAAAAAUAGCUAAUUACAAUCUAUUUUUAGGUUUCGGAAUAGUGCCUCUGGGAUUUUUGUGACUAAAAUUAAACCACUCUAUUUUCGUCAAAACUACUUUUAGAAACUACAAGAUUUAUUGUCUUUUGCUUGUUUUACUUUUAAAAGUUAAUUGCGUUAUAUUUGAGGACAAUAUAAAACACAACCUAAUUAUCUCAAAAAUGUAGAGCGAAAAAACAAAAAUAAGUAGAAGAUGUCAACAUUGAUGAACGUAGGCCUACGUUGGUUGACUCUACAUUUAUUGACUAAUCAAUCAAUCAAUCAAUAAAGCAUUUAUUGUGUCACUUAAAGGUCAUACAGUAGCAGAUC